CCGGCGAGUCUCUCCUGCGCUCAGACGCCGGCCCUGCUUUUGUUGGCGCGUGUGACCUCCUGGCUGGACCUCGUGGCUCCCAGGUGCUGUGGGACGCCAGUGUAGGUGGACAGAUCAAUCCUGACCUGAGGAGAGCUGGUUCCUUCCUGGGGAAGGCACAGAUUUGAAUUUUUGACCUUCUGAAGCUCUCGCCAGGAGAAGAAGGUGCACUCCGUGUUAGUGUAUCCACCAUGUCAGGCGUGCAAUCCAAAGCGGCUAGGCUUCAAAAGGAGCAGAAAGAAAAGCCAUCAGCAGAUGGGGAAAGGAAAAUGGCCACAUCUCCGUGUUUAAAGCACAACGACGUACCGGCAGCCAUGAUGAAGCAGUUUAAUGCUUUGAUGGAAAUGCAAGAUGCAAUGUUUGCAGAGAUGAGAGAAACCUAUAAAAAUGAUAUAAAGGAAGUGCUGUUGCAACGCGCAGCACCCUGGGUGAAGCUUCUGGAAGAGCGGAUAGAACAGCAAAGAGAUGCAGUCUCAGAAAGGCCAAAGCCAGGAGAGAAAGUGGAAGAGGAGCGUUCUGGAACAGACGAGGACACUGAAAACAUAACUGUGAGAAGCAAGGAGAAGAGGAAGCCGGAGAGGAAGCAGGACAAAGCUAAACAACUCAACAGCAGCCCUGUUGUGAAACCGUCACUAGAGAGAGCAGGAGACGCCCUGCAUCGUGAACGCGGGAGGUGUGGAGAGAGCAGCAGCCUUGUAGACACUCUAGAGAGGGAGUCCGUGAAGAGUGCGGAUGAGAGACCGGCCGAAGAGCCCGGCUGUCAGAGAGAAGAGAACCGUCUAAAGGCCCCCGAAGAGAGCACGCCGGAAGGAGCCGGAGCAACCCUGAGGCUGGCCGCUGACUUCUCCGCAGCCACUCUGGAUAUCGGCAGGCGGUGGGGCCAAGUCUUCCGCCUUCUGAGAGAACGGGAAUUGGAGCCCGAGUUGCAGUGCACGGUGAAGUUGGCAUUUAAGUGUGACGGUGAAGCAAAGGUUUUCUCAGACCUCCACAGCCUCCGACAAUUUGCCAACAGAAAGCCUUUUCUGAAGGAGUUGCUGAAAGAUGUGUUCCCGCAAAACGAGACGAGAAGUGAAGGAGGCAGAAGAAACGAGCUUCAAGAAAGAUUGGGUAAAACUCUAGGAGACACGAAGCACGAAGCUAGAAGAAUGGCAAGUGACAGUUUGAGUUUCCUGUUCAUCAAAGAGGUAAAAGUGGAAAGUCCAGAGGUGAAGACUUACGAAGAAGAAACACUGGAUCAGAAAGAUAAAGAAACUCUCAAGAAGCAAGAGGCCUCAAGGCUAGAGGGGGAAGAAGAAAUCUCAGGGAAACAGGGAGAAGAAACUUCAGAGGGAGAGGCCUCAGAGUUGGGGGAGGAGGAGGGUUCAGAGGAGGAAGAAGAGGAGGAGGGUUCAGAGUCAGAAGAGGAGGAGGACUCAGGGGAGGAGGAAGAGGAGGAAGAGAACUCAGAAAUGGGGAAAAAGGAAGAAACCUUGGUACUACAUGACGCUCGAGGCUCAACCUUUCAGGGCCUUACUGUGACAGAAGAGCAUUGCGAUGAGAAAAUCACCAGGAGUGCUGAGGAGAUUGGUUUAGUUAGUUUGGUGGUAGACUCUGAAUCAGAGGAAGAAGGAAACAGAAAGACGUCUUCUCAGACUAAGAAAAAGGAGACCUUCCAUGGACUUAAAGAACUUGCCUUUAGUUACCUGGUUUGGGACUCUAAGGGAAAAAAGCUGGUGAAAUGCCAGGAUGGUGGAGCAGCUGCCGAGUCUGGUCAAAGGUUUGGGAUACCGUGUCUGACCUUAUAUUUGGCUUCUCCAUCUGAAUCUCUAGGGGCAGGUAGUGAUGGUCCUAAAGGCUGUUCACGUACAAAGUCGAGUGUUCCGUCUCAAGCCACUCCACUUCUAAUGAACACAGAAAAAGGGAGGUGCAAGACACCGCAAAUAGAAGAGCUAAUGGGCAAAGAGGCAGACUUGAUCCAUGAAACCGAAGAAAACUUUAGAAGAGGCGUGAUCGGUGUUAUCAGACAGAUGCAGAGGGAGGUGGAAAAUAUCAAAAACCUUUACUUUUCAGAUAUCCUAAACAUGAAAAGCUCAAUGGAUGAUCUGAAUUCCUUAGCGUGCAUGAUUGAAGCAAGGGUGAACGAACAGGAAGAUGCCUUGGAGGGGUUGGCCAAGGAGACACUGCAGUUGGCCAAGGAGAUUGUUGAUAAAGAAAGGCUGAGAGAGAGAGAGGACAGAUUGCGGAGCUCCAACAUCCGAGUGAUAGGGAUUCCAGAGAAGGAAAACCGGGAGAACGGAGCAGAGGACAUAAUCAAGGAAGUAAUUGAAGAAAACUUUGCUGAGCUGGAAGACCAGAGUCUCGAGAUUGUCAGUGCCCAUCGAAUCCCCAACUCAGUGGAUGAGCACAGGCUCACGCCGAGACACAUCUUGGUGAAGUUUUGGAAUACUGGCGAUAAGCAGAGAAUUCUAAAAGCUUCCAGAGCCAAAAAAGAAAUAACCUACAGAGGAACCAAGAUCAGGCUGACAGCCGACUUAUCACCUAGUACUAUAGAUGCAAGGAGUCAGUGGUCCAGCAUCAUAAAAAUUCUGCAAGAAGAAGGCUUUCAACCGAAAAUCCUUUAUCCUGCCAAACUGGCAUUUGAUUUUAAAGGUAAAACCAAGGUAUUUUUGGAUAUUGAAGAAUUCAAGAAGUUUAUCUCAGAUAUUCCCUAUUUGAAAGAACUGUUUAACAAUAUGCCUUAGCAAUCUGGAGUGCUUUCUGUCUACCAAAACACAUCCAAAAGGUAGAGUCAGACAGUGCACCAUGGCGUCUCUGUCCUGAAAAGCUGACUUUUUGCCCCCAGGGAAAGGGGCUGGGGGAGCAAUGUCACUCCCUGCAGGUUGGUUGACUUAGACAGCGCGUGUAGCUUUUCAAUAGGUAUCUACCUUGGUAAAGAGGCAACUUGUCAGUGUAACCACACACAGGGAAUACUACUAGAGGCCACAGUGGGAUGGGAAAGGACACAGUAAGUUAGAAGAGACUGGCUACCCAGGCUGACUGAACCAACAGAUUACAUUACUUUAUUUUUCUGCCAUUGUAUAUUAAAGCUUGAAGUUUGAA